GUGAAAACAAGAUGGCGGACGAAGUGAGCUUCAAAAAUAACGAAGAUAGUGGUAGUGAAAGUGAUGACGAGUGGGAAGAGAUGGACGAAGAAGAACAAGACAGCGCUAUCGUUUGCCUGUUCUGUAACGAGUGCUUUAAAACUGCUGAAAUGGUCUGGAACCACUGUGUCUCAGCUCAUGGGUUUGAUCUGUCAAAGAUAAAGAGGAUGCAUGGACUAGACUUUUAUGGAUGCAUCAAGAUUGUAAAUUAUAUCAGGAAGCUGAAACCUUCCCCUGAAAGUUUUGAAAAUGUUGCUCUUCCUUUGCCAUGGGAAAGUGAUGAAUUUUUACAGCCAGCUCUCCCUAAUGAUGAACUUCUUCAAUAUGAUUUUGAUGAUGACUCUGAUGUUGAAGUUGACAGUAAUGCUGAUGCAGCUAACAACCAAGAAGCCAGUGUACCUUAUUCAAAAUAUCUGGAGAUAAAACAAAGGCUACAUCAACUGGAGAACCGUGCUUAUUGCGCUGAGGCAAAUCUGGCAAGAGCAUUGGAAGAAAUUUGCCAGCUAAGAUCUGUUGCGCAAAAUGUUUUAUUUGAAGAUCAACCUGGUGGACAGAGUCGAUCCAAAACGGGCUGUGCAAGCUGUGAUAAUGCCGAGGACGAUCCUUACUUCAGUUCGUACGCGCAUUUUGGUAUUCACGAAGAGAUGUUGAAGGACACUACAAGGACAGAAAGUUACAGGGAUUUUAUACUCAACAACCCAACGAUUUUUAAAGAUAAGAUUGUUUUAGAUGUUGGAUGUGGUACAGGUAUACUUUCUAUGUUCGCUGCCAAGGCCGGAGCAACUCGUGUGAUCGGAAUAGAUCAGUCAGAGAUCAUAUAUCAAGCAAUGGAUAUUGUUAGGGAAAACGGGCUGGAAAAUGUUAUUACAUUACUGAAAGGAAAAGCAGAGGAAGUUGCAUUACCAGUAGACAAGGUUGAUGUUAUUAUUUCAGAGUGGAUGGGCUAUUUUCUUCUUUUCGAGUCAAUGCUUGACACAGUAUUGUUUGCAAGGGACAAAUGGCUUAAGCCAACAGGUUGCGUUUACCCAGACCGAUGUACUUUGUGCCUGGCUGCCUUAGGAAAUAGUGGAAAAGUCGAGAAGAAACUCAACUUUUGGGAUGACGUUUAUGGUUUUAAAAUGAGUUGUAUGAAAAAGUCUGUCUGCUCUGAACCCUCCGUGGAAACUGCGGAUCCUGGAGACGAGAUUUCUUCUCGAUGUAAAGUCAAGGAGCUGGACAUAACCAGUUGUAAACUAAGUGAUCUACAGUUCCAUUCAGCGUUUAGUGUUAAAAUCAGUAAAGAUGGUUAUUGUUUGGCCUUCAUUGCCUAUUUUGAUAUUUUCUUUGAGAAGAACUGCGAUAAAAAGGUCAAUUUCAGCACUAGUCCCUCGGACUCUACAACACACUGGAAACAAACUGUGUUCUAUCUUGAAAAGCCAAUCAGCGUCACCAAAGGUCAAGUCCUUGAAGGUUUUCUGUCCUGCACUAAAAGUGUGAAAGAUCCGCGGUCUUUGGACAUCAAGAUAGAAGUGUCAGACGAGAAAACACAGAAGCAGUUGUGCUGUCAGUCUUAUCUUCUUCAAUAAUAAAAUUCAAAUGGUUUUCAUGCA